AUGAGCAGGAACGUGCUGGUGGUGACGUUAGGUAAAAAGAUGACUGAGCGCGAAUCAUUGUGGCUAAGAAUGAAGGAGGGUUCCAUUCAGGAAAGAUUUAUAAAAUACCAGGACAGUUUUCCUUCAUGUAUUCACACAGGAUCGCGUUAUAUUGAGUUUCACGGCCUUGAGAAUGAUAACACGGCAUGCUCACACAUUAGGAUUAAGAAUGUGUCGGACAAGCAUGUCAUCUUCAAUGUUCGAAGACCUCCUCCAGCGCACUUUGGUGUCACUCCAAAAGUCGGCAUCAUUCAACCGCAAGAGGUUAUCACACUGUUUAUGACAUUUAGCGGACGUUGCUCGAGGAUUCCAGAUGACAUUGUUUGGAUAUAUAGCAUUUAUCAACUUGAGAUCACAGAUGAUGCUGCUGCACGAGUGAAAGCCGAGAAAUUUUCCACCAAGACUAUUCGAAAGUUAUGGCACUUGCAUGGGUCGGAGAAUGUAGCAAAUGUUUUACACCUGGCGUGCGUGUUUUUCCGUGACAGCAAGAAAGGUCGUUGUCUUCGAAGACAUACUGUAAGAAUGGUUCCUGAGUUGGAUGAAAAAGGAUUACUAGUGGAAGAGGAUGAAUAUGACCCAGACUUACAUGAUGACCAAAGCGAAGAUCUACCUAGUGCAUAUGAGGGAGACCUCUAA